AUGCAAAUUUUCGUUAAGACCCUCACGGGAAAGACCAUCACCCUGGAGGUCGAGUCCUCUGACUCUAUCCAGAACGUCAAGGCCAAGAUCCAGGACAAGGAGGGUAUCCCCCCGGACCAGCAGCGCCUUAUCUUCGCUGGCAAGCAGCUCGAGGAUGACCGCACCCUCUCGGACUACAACAUCCAGAAGGAGUCCACCCUCCACCUCGUCCUCCGUCUCCGUGGUGGUAUCAUCGAGCCCUCUCUGAAGGCCCUUGCCAGCAAGUAUAACUGCGAGAAGAUGAUCUGCCGCAAGUGCUAUGCUCGUCUCCCUCCCCGUGCUACCAACUGCCGCAAGAAGAAGUGUGGCCACACCAACCAGCUCCGCCCCAAGAAAAAGCUCAAGUAA